CGAUGAGGAACUGUUGCUUGCCUGGGUUCUUUGAUCCGUGAUUUACAGAUGGAGAUUGAAGGCGUACGUGGGGGGCACGGAAGCGAAGCAGGACUGGAAGACAGGGCUGGGAAGUUGAGCGUGGGGUACCGAGGGGCCGCGCACUGGUGGAAUGUGGAGGGAGGAGGACAGCGUGACGGAUGGAGCCUGCCGGCUGAAUGCGUUUAGAAACUGCUGUCUGGAAGAAGCAAAAGCAGGUUUCAAAAGUAAACUUGCCUUAGACUGGGGGCUGAAGUUCCUGGUGGUCAUGUCAGUAUCCGGCUCCAGAAACAACGUGGAUGGCCAUGUUCCCCAGCUGCCUCCCUGGGUGUCUGUUCACCCUUAUGCUUGUGCAGUGGCUCUCACUGGGUACAGAAGCUCCCUUUGAAGUCCUUGGACCUCUGGAGCCUAUCCUGGCCUUAGUUGGUGAAGACUCUGAGCUGCCCUGUUACCUUUCACCAAAUGUGAGUGCUGAGCACAUGGAACUCCGGUGGUUCCGGAACACACUCUCACCAGCUGUGAUGUUGUACCAGGAUGGGCAAGAGCAGGAGGGAGAGCAGAUGCCUGAGUACCAGGCCCGAGUGACACUAGUCACGGACAACAUCACCGCAGGGCAUGCGGCACUGAGGAUACAUGGCAUCAGGGUCUUUGACGAAGGGGUGUAUGGGUGCUCCUUCAAAGACAACCAGGCCCGCAGAGAGGCCUUCCUGCAGCUGAGAGUGGCUGCCCUGGGCUCUGACCCUCACAUCAGCAUGGAAGUUCUAGAAAGCGGCGAGAUCCGGCUGGAGUGCACCUCUGUGGGGUGGUACCCAGAGCCCCAGGUGUGGUGGAGAACUCCCAUAGGGGAGAAGUUUCUGUCCACGUCUGAGUCCAAGAGUCCUGACCAGGAGGGUCUCUUCACCGUGGCAGCUUCCGUGAUCAUCAGGGACACCUCUGUGGAGAAUGUGUCGUGCUGCGUCCACAACCUGCUCCUUGGCCAGCAGAAGGAAGUAGGAAUUUCCGUGGCAGCUCCCUCUAACACAAUUUGGAUUUUCAUCGUGGUUGCAGUUUUCAUGGGACUUACUGGAAUAUUUAUCACUUGGCAACUAUGUAGAAAAUACAUAAAGGAAAAGACAAAGGAUGAAAGGGGUCCCAUAGAAUUGAAUAAAGCUCAAUUACACGCAGUUAAAGUGACUCUGGAUGGAGACACGGCCCACUCCCACCUCCGCCUAUCUGAGGAUUCAAAAUCUGUUCGACUAGAAGGUUUUCGUCAGAAGCUACCUGAAAAUCCAGAAAGAUUUGACUCCUGGCCCUGUGUGUUGGGCAAGAAUCAGUUCACCUCAAAAAAACACUACUGGGAGGUGGAGGUGGGAGACAGGACUGACUGGUUACUUGGGGUGUGCAGAGAAAAUGUGAUGAAGAAAGGGUUCAUCCUCAUGUCUCCCACAAAUGGCUUCUGGGUUGUGGAAUGUUCUGAAAAGGGAUACUGGGCCCUUGCCCCACUCCGGGUCCUUCUUUCACUGCCAGAGGCUCCUUGUCGGAUUGGGAUUUUCGUAGACUAUGAAUCAGGAGCUGUCUCUUUCUACAAUGUAAAUGAUGGAUCCCAUAUCUACUCAUUCACCAACAUUUCUUUCUCUGGCACCCUUCGUCCUAUAUUCUGUUUGUGGUCUUGUGGUGAUAAGCCCCUGACCAUCUGUCCAGUUGCAACUGGUGAACCUGAGGAGGUCAGAGUCUCUGUUGAUGCCCAGGCCCAUCAGAGACUGUUGCCCCCUGUGGAAGAAGAUUCUGCCUGUGGUGUCACAGAUAACCACUAGCCAUUCUGGACAAGUGACAGUUUGUUAUGGCAGGGUCUUUUCAGCUCCCCUCUCCAGUGUCCUCUCCUGAGCUGCUGCUUAUCACCCAGAACCUCAUCUUGUAAGUGCAGAGUAGUCUUAAGAAAAUUGUGACUGGAUUGGAAGCUUCUUAAUGUUCUUUAGAUCAGGCAGGCUUCAGGAGCUAUGCUAUAAAAUCUAAAGUCAUACAAAUGAUUUAAGAGGAAGAAACUUUUUGGUGUAUGGAAUAGAUAAUGAUGUGAAGCAGUAUGCUUUGCAUGAUGUACAUAGGGAAGAAUAAGGCCACACGUGGUGUACGUCUAUAAUCUCAGCACUUGGGAGGCUGAGGCAGGAGGAUCAUUCAGAGU